GUCCUUGGCUUCUCGACACGGUCCUGUUUCCACAGCGAACAUGUCUCGGCCUGUCAGAAAUAGGAAGGUCGUUGAUUAUUCACAGUUUCAGGAAUCUGAUGAUGCAGACGAAGAUUAUGGAAGAGAUUCGGGCCCUCCCACUAAGAAAAUUCGAUCAUCUCCUCGAGAAGCUAAACAUAAGAGGCGAUCUGAAAAGAAUUCACAAGAAGAUAGUGAAGACUCUGAAGAAAAAGAUGUGAAGACCAAGAAGGAUGAUUCUUACUCAGCAGAAGACAGUGAAGAUGAAAAAGAUGAUCACAAAAAUGUGCGCCAGCAACGGCAGGCAGCAUCUAAAGCAGCAUCUAAACAGAGAGAGAUGCUCUUGAAGGAUGUGGGCAGUGAGGAAGAGCCAGAGGAAGAAGACGAGGCACCAUUCCAGGAAAAAGAUUCUGGCAGCGAUGAGGAUUUCCUAAUGGAAGAUGAUGAUGACAGUGACUAUGGAAGUUCAAAAAAGAAAAACAAAAAGAUGGUUAAGAAGUCCAAACCUGAGAGAAAAGAAAAGAAGAUGCCAAAACCCAGACUAAAGGCUACAGUGACGCCAAGUCCACUAAAAGGCAAAGGAAAGGUGGGCCGCCCCACAGCUUCAAAGGUGUCAAAGGAAAAGACGCCUUCUCCCAAAGAAGAAGAAGAUGAGCCAGAGAGCCCUCCAGAAAAGAAGGCGUCUGCAAGUCCUCCACCUGAGAAGUCUGGAAAUGAAGGGUCUGAAGAUGAAGCCCAGUCUGGGGAAGAUUAAAAGUGAUGAUGGUUUGGGGAGAGAUUUUAUUAAAAAAAAAAAUUAAAAAAGCAAAAAAGAAGGGGAAAAUAGAAAGCUACAUAAGAUAGAACAUGGUAUUGGCUUUUGGCUAUGGCCUGACUCAUGGGCUUUCAGUGCUUGUUUCCACUUGUUGAAAAUAGUCUCUCUCUCUCUCUCUCUUGCUCUCUCUCUCCCUUUCACUCUCUCUCAGAAAACCAUUGUAUGUUGAAGUGUUUAAGUUACCAUUUUGUCUGUUUUUCUCUUCUCUUUGCCAACUCUCCCCCCCCCCCCAUGAAAGCCAUGUCAAAUUAAUCACUGGAUUGAUGCUUCAUCUUUUUAUUUUUAAUGGAAGGUAUGCCACGACUGUAAAGCAAUAAGAUCUGAGAUGGACACUAUGGAAACUGCUUUUUGCUAAAGAAUAGCAAGUUGAACAGUAAUCAAAAAAUAACAGAUUUUAGUUAAAAAUGA